GUUUUCAGGGACAAGAUGGGGAGCGUGUCCUGCUUUGUGUGCGUCUCCGGACUCCUCGCGCUCCUGUCCAGCGCGUCUGCGACGGCGGACGUGUUCGAGAGCGUCCUGGGAAACAGCGCGUCCUGCCACCGGUCGUGCGAGCUGACGUACAGCCUGCACACGUACCCGCGGGAGGAGGAACUCUACGCCUGUCACCGAGGCUGCCGUCUCUUCUCCAUAUGCCAGUUCGUCCGUGACACCGAGGAUCUGAAUCAGACCAAAUCCGAGUGUGAAUCCACCUGUCGAGAAGCCUACACACAGUCUGAUGAGCAGUAUGCAUGCAACCUGGGCUGUCAGAGUCAGCUUCCCUUUGCAGAGCAGCGGCACGAGCAGCUGGAGGCCAUGAUGCCAAGGAUUCACAUGCUCUACCCCCUCACUCUGGUGAGAGGCUUUUGGGAUGAUGUCAUGAGCCAGGCUCACACCAUCAUCACCUCCACGUGGACCUUCUACCUCCAGGCGGAUGAUGGCAGAGUUGUCAUUUUCCAGACUGAACCACAGGUCAAGUUUUUCUCCCAGCUUGAACUGGUAAAAGAAGUUAAGGAGGAACCAGAGAAGAGCCCCCCUUCGUUGAGCAGCCCACUUUACAAAGAGUACCAUCGCACUUUAAUCCAGGAGAGGGACAGAGACAUGCCCGGCGGCGACCGCAGCUACGAUGUUGAAUACAACAUCUUCAGCUGUCUGUCAAGGAACCCGUGGCUGCCAGGGUGGAUCCUGACCACAACUCUGGUCCUGUCUGUGUUGGUCCUGAUCUGGAUCUGCUGUGCCACUGUAGCAACUGCGGUAGACCAGUAUGUACCUGCUGAGAAAUUGAGCAUCAAUGGUGAUGGCGACUUCAUGAAGGAGCAGAAACUGAUUCCAUAUCCAGCCUCCUCCCUGCUGAUCGUCACCUCCACAGGGCCAGAGGAAGAGGCUGGGCCACUCCCAUCCAAAGUGGACCUGGGCCAGUCCAACAUCUAGGAGCCAAAGCUGGAGCAGAGAAGGCACCUCUCCCUUCAUCAAUAAUCUUUAGAUUAUUUUUUAUCCUCUGGUGCAAGGCCUGUACUUCUUGUGGUCGAGAACUUGCAGAACAUUUUGUGUAACGGAUUUGUCUUGUCUCCCUUUGAUGCUUUUAAAAUUGGAGUGAUGAAGAGUUUGUUUUUCUGUUUAUUGUUAUAAUUGAGGCAUUAUAGUAAAAUUAUGACCGUAAAAGUCAAAUAGGUUUUGGGAUUUCCUCAUGUGUGCAUUAGGUGUGUACUUAUUUUACUGAAUAAUGUCCAAGUGAACUGCUUGACUUGAACUGAUCCAGGUUUCAUCCACAAUCCCAACUCUUGGUAAUAUGGAUUGUACUAAUGUUGCAGAUUCACCUGGUUUGUUCUAAUGUUUCUACUGCAGUAAUUUCCAGAUUAUAUUGACUUGUACAAUAAAAUGUUAUGCUCUUGAUCUUAACAGUGAUGGUACAUGCAGUCGCUCUUUCCCACUUUGCCGUUUUUUAUUCUUGUAAUGAUGGUUCACCAUUAAAUACAGUGGAGUGAA